AUGGCGCAAAAUCAGCAAAGGACGGAGGCAACUAUAUUGCAAAAUCAGCAAAGGACGGAGGCAACCGUUAUGCAAUAUCAGCAAAGGACAGACUCCGAAAUACAGGAUAUAAGGAAUCAGAUAAGUCAAAUGGCCACAACAAUCAACCGCUUGGAUGCCCAAAAUCAAGGUAAACUGCCAUCUCAACCGGAGUUGAAUCCGAAGAACGUGAGCGCAAUGACCCUAAGGAGUGGAAAAGAAAUUCAGGGGCCUGAACCUGUGAUUCCCAAGGACAAGGAUGAAGAGAAAAUCGAAAAUGAGCUUGGAAGGGAGGGCAGAAAUGGUGCAGAUCCAAAGGUACUCCCUGACCCAAUAAUUGCAGUUAAAACUAACCCACUUCCUUUCCCUAGCAGGUUGGAAAAAUCGAAGAAGCAGGAUAAGGAGAAGGAGAUCUUGGAGGUUUUUCGCAAGGUUGAGAUAAAUAUCCCCCUCUUGGACGCCAUCAAACAAGUACCAAAAUAUGCCAAGUUCCUAAGGGACUUGUGUGUAAACCGAAGGCGAUUGAAGGGAGAUGAACGGGUCAUAGUUGGGGAAAAUGUGUCUGCGGUCCUGCAGAGAAAGCUCCCACCCAAGUGCGGGGACCCAGGUAUGUUUACUAUUCCCUGUAAGAUAGGUAAUACUGUGAUCAGAAGGGCCAUGUUGGAUCUGGGAGCAUCAAUAAAUGUCAUGCCUAAGUCUAUCUAUACUUCUCUAAAAUUGGGUAGACCUUUUAUGAGCACAGCACAGACGAAAAUUGAUGUUAAUAAGGGUAUUCUGUCCAUGGAGUUUGAUGGGGAAAUUGUGCAUUUCAAUAUCUUUGAUACUAUGAAAUAUCCCUCAAACUCCAACUUUAGCUCAGUUUUCUCUGUGAGUGCUAUUGACCCUGUAGUGCAGGAAGUGUUUGAAACUGUUGGCAGGGAUGAGUUAGAGGUGGCUUUAACAAAGCACCUCGAGUUGGAGACAACUCCUGAGGUGGAGUGGAGCGAGGAUCUAAAAUGCACAAUAGGUGCAUUACACUCAUUGCCGACCACCACAAAAAGGUAUGAAGCAUCACCUAUUUUUAUUCCUGAACCUCACCAGAGGGUAUUGCCAUCUGUGGUGCAGGCACCGGAAUUGGAGUUGAAACCCCUACCAGAGCAUCUGAAAUAUGCAUAUUUGGGUGAUAAUGAGACACUCCCGGUGAUUAUCUCAUCGGCACUGUCAAAAAUCCAGGAGGAUGGAUUUUCAGGAUACUUUCAGAUAGCAAUUGCCCCGGAGGAUCAAGAGAAGACAACCUUCACGUGCCCGUUCGGGACCUUCGCCUAUAGACGAAUGCCAUUUGGAUUGUGCAACGCACCCGCGACUUUCCAAAGAUGUAUGGUAAGCAUCUUUUCUGAGUAUGUUGAGAAAAUAAUAGAAGUUUUCAUGGAUGAUUUCAGUGUGUAUGGAGAUAGCUUUGAUACGUGUCUAGAUAACCUGAAAUUGAUCCUGAUAAGGUUGAUUGUAUUUUCUGAUCAUGCAGCAUUGAGGUACCUGAUGACCAAGAAAGAUGCAAAACCGAGGCUUGCCUGUGGAGGUCAUUUUGGGCCAAAGAGAACUGCUCAUAAGGUUUUAGAAAGUGGAUUUUAUUGGCCCUCAUUGUUUAAGGAUGCCUAUGUGUUUUGCAAGUCAUGUGAUCGCUGUCAAAGGGUAGGUAAUAUAGCCCGUAAAGAUCAUAUGCCCCAAGUCCCGAUGAUUUUUGUAGAAAUUUUUGAUGUCUGGGGUAUAGAUUUCAUGGGCCCUUUUCCUACUUCAUUUGGUUUUCUGUAUAUUUUGCUGGCAGUUGAUUAUGUGUCUAAAUGGGUGGAGGCUAAGGCCACUCGAACUAAUGACUCGAAAGUGGUUGCAGAUUUUAUCAGGUCUAAUAUCUUUGUGCGAUUUGGUAUGCCUAGAGCUAUUGUCAGUGAUAGGGGAACGCACUUCUGCAACAAAAUCGUAGCUGCCUUAUUUCGCAAGUAUGGUGUACUCCACAGGGUCUCAACGUCGUAUCACCCCCAGACCAAUGGUCAAGCGGAGGUGUCGAAUCGGGAGAUAAAGUCCAUCUUGGAGAAAAUGGUGCGCCCCGAUAGAAAAGAUUGGAGUCAACGGUUGGAAGAUGCACUAUGGGCCUAUCGGACGGCAUACAAGACACCUAUAGGGAUGUCUCCCUAUAGGUUGGUAUUUGGUAAGUCGUGUCAUCUUCCAGUAGAGUUCGAGCAUAAACCAUUUUGGGCGGUUAAGCAAUGCAAUAUGGAUAUUGAGGAGGGCGGAGUCCAAAGGAAGUUACAAUUACAGGAGUUGGAGGAGAUCCGCAAUGAAGCUUAUGAGAAUGCGGUAAUUUAUAAGGAGAAAAAUAAAAUUUUUCAUGACCAACAGAUCUCAAGGAAGACAUUCGAGUGUGGGCAAAAAGUUCUGCUGUACCACUCCAAAUUGCAGUUAUUUCCAGGUAAACUACGUUCUCGUUGGAUUGGCCCUUUUGUUGUGACUAAUGUCUUCCAUUAUGGUGCAGUCGAGAUCCAAAGUUUGAAAGCUGAGAAGAAAUUUGUAGUGAAUGGGCAUCGUUUCAAACCAUAUUAUGAAGGGGUUCCAACUGAACGGGUGGAGGUGAUGCACUUGGAGGAUCCUACUUGCUUAAUUUAA